CAUUCAGAGAAAGGCUGUGAGUUUAACAAGAAGUAAAGGGAGUUUACUUACUGUAAUUUCCAAAAUAUGUGACGUCAGAGCGUCCUCCUCCCUCUCUGAUGCUAUAUAAACUGCUCUCUGCCUCCUCGGUAUCACAGACCAACAUCACAGACAGUGUCUGUAGUCACCUCGUCACCAAGCUUCAGGAACAUCAGAUCAUUUCUCUGGACCUCUUUCUGGGUUGACCUGGACUUUAAAAACUCAGGGAGUUAUGUGGAGGAUUUUCCUGACGGUCAGUCUGCUCUGCUGGAGCGCUGACGGACAAGUCAGAGAAGUGAAAUGCAGAAACGAUAAGGAUGAACCAGUGGACUGGUACAUCAUCUACAAGGCACCCGGACUGCAUGAGAUCAACACUGAUGGUUUGGAAUAUAUUUACAUUGAUUCAAAAGAGAAGAAGAAGCAGACCUCUGAAGAUCACGAUAAACGCAUCAACGAUCCUAAAGGUGUCCUGGCAAACACCCUGAAGCCCAUUUUUAAAUUAAUCAAAGACAUGCCAAAAGACUUUGGAUUCAUCUCCUACAGCGACCAACCUCCAGCUGUAAAUGGUGUAAAGCCUUCUGUUGCCUCUACGUUUGGUCACAGUAAAGGAGUUGUGAUGAUGGAUAAAACCACAGGAGUCUGGCUCUCACACAGCGUACCACAGUUCCCUUUUGAAAGAGAUAAUAAUUUCUGGCCAUCCACCGGAGCAGUGAAUGCUCAGACGUUUAUCUGUGUAACAUUCAAGUACAACCAGUUCAACAAGAUAGGUCAACACCUGCUGGACAUCAAAGCUUUCCCGUUUGAUCAUCAUAUUCCAAAAGACACCAAUGCCAACUUCCAUAAAGAGCUUAUACAGGUUACAGAGAAGAAAAGUACACCAGGAAAGAAAAUCCAGGAGCUGACAUCAGAUGCAGGAACACCCUUUCGUAGCAUUGCUAAAGAACAGUAUAAAAAACCUACUCCAACUACAACUAGACAGGAGACACUUAAGGACUCAAAGAGAUUUGGAGGAGAUCUUUACCUCACUAUUGCAGAGACAUACACUGCUAUAAAGAAAAUCAACACUGAUGUGAGAGUCCAGACCUGGGGCCAACAGUGUUACCGUGAAGGUUCCUACUGCGAACGCAAUCAACGUCAAGUGAUCAAUAUUAAAUCUGUAAAAGCUGAUCUGGGUAAAGAGAAUGAUAAGUGGGAGGUUGAGUGGGAGCCUUGUAAUGAUCAUUCCAAGUGGUGUGUAGCUACAGAUAAUAAUAAUAAUUUGAUCUGUAUCGCUGAUGUAAACAGAGCAGUCACCCAAUAUGAAAGGCCGGGGGGGGCACUGUGCUUUGAACAUCAACAGGCAAGUGACCUAUUUAAAGGUCUUAUUGCUGGAACUAAGAAUUGCCCAAGUCCAGCCGCCUUAAAGCGUCGCCACUCGUCCCCUGACCUUUCACAAUAUUUUGCCUCUAAGAAACCUAAACUUGACCCUGGCUCUGACUCCAAUAAUGAAUGUGACAUUGAAUGAUCGAUAGGAUAAACACGC